UCUGCGGACAGCUUCGGUCCUUAUCGAGAUGAGGGCAUGACAGGGUGCCAUCUCAUAAAGUUUUAUAAGCUUAGUUUGACGUGUCCAGCGGUUGGUGAGCUCCGCGAUACAUCGGUUGCUCCGCGAUGCAUUAUAUAUAAGUUGGAUGUAAGAUUAUCCACACCUUAAUUUCAAGUUGGAUCAUCAGUCAUCUCUGCCUCUUAGCCUUCGUUCGUUCCAUUCGUUCCAUUCGUCGAUCUGUGAUCGGGUUGCAUUCUUUUCGUUAUAUUGGUCACAGGUCUGGUCAUUCUUUAUUGGUAAUAUCACAAAAUGGUGUCCACAGCUUUCCUUGGAGCAUUCCUUCUUGUGGCCAGCGCAAGCUCUGUCUUCGCGACACCCGUGAUACCUGGAUACUCAGAACAUGUCGAGAUCCUAGCCAUGCGUGCUUCGAGCACGGUCGACCCCAACGCAGUGACAGGCGUGGAUUGCACAAACCCCAGCGUGGAUAUUGUGUUCCACGAUCAAAAUGUAGCAGAGCUGGGUAUCUGCGGCGGCAUCGCAGGUGCCAUUACGAAAUGCGGAGGCGCACCACAAAGCACAACAGGCGAGUCGGGAACGGCUCUCUUCACCCUCAAGGCUGCGACGAGCGGUGCUACCAUCAAUAUCUCCAAGGGCCGCUGGGAAGGUUGCAUUCGUGCUGCGAGGGCAGUUUGUCCCACGGGCAGUAUCAGUGGAACUUGUGUCGGGGGUGCAUCGACUGGAAAUGUUGAUUUCACUCUCGACAACCCAUGAGAUGUUUGGCUGCGUUGGUGUCCGGGUGAAAAUGAAAAUGGGCAGCCAUUGGAUGAGAACUUAUGACGAGAAUGCGUUUCAGCACAUAAUUACUUAUGUCAAGGCCUCUCACUCAAUCACGGGAACAACUCAAAAUAUUUUGAAGUCGCCUCUCAUAGUGCUGGUGUAUGGCUUUAUGACCAUCUUACGAGUACUUUGGCCUUGGUUUCAGGUCAAAAUAUCAAAAUAUCAAAAUGAUCUCCAUGAUGACUUAUUAGAGCAUACUGUAUAACUGGU